CCGGCGCCCCCGCGUUGCCAUGGUGCCGGGAGGCGGGGCCGGGCUGCGGCCCAGGCCCGCGCCGCAUGGAGGGGGCCGCCGCCGCCGCGGCGGAGGCCCCGGUGCCGGCAGAGACCGUCCGCCGCUGGUUGCGGGCGGAGGGCGCCGACCCCGCCGCCCCGGCCGAGGAGCAGCUGGGCCUGGCCUGGCGGCUGCUGCGACGCGCCGAGGCCCGGCUGGGCGACCUGGAGCGGCGGCGGGCCGAGGAGAUGAGAGACGUGGAAAGCUAUGUGGGUCAUGUCCGUAACCUGACGGAGGAACGGGAUGCUAUCACCACCGAAUAUGAAAAAGAAAAUGAACAGCUCAGGCUUGAGCUGACGCGGCUGCAGCUGCAGCAGGAAGCCCAGCUGAAGGAGGUUGAGGAGAUGCUGGAACAGGAAGGCUUGUCCGAAAUAGCUCACAGUAAUGCCAGCGAACAGAUUGCUUAUUUACUGGUGGAAAGAACGACGCUGCUGGAGAAACUGGAGAUGGCAGAUCAGAAGUGGAAUUCACGCGGCCACGUGGACAGGCUGUGUGCAGCGCAGCUUCAGGAUCAAUUUGAUCACAUUCAUCAGACAGUAGAAGAUGAACUCCAAGAACAGCAUGAAUUGACGCGGGUUACUGGAGAGACAAUGAAUCAGUUCUACAGGGAAGAGCUGGAGAGGGAACGAGCAUCACGUGCAAGAGUUGAACAAGAUCUGGGUGAGGCCACGCAGAGGCUGCUGAUGGCCCAGGAGGAGAUCCGGAGGCUGACAGAUGAGCUGGAUGCACAAGGAAGGGAGCAGAAUGAAAUAGAAUCGGUCUCAUGGUCAGCCCUGCAAGCACCUGAGAGCCAGGAAGGAGGGGUGAACGAGUGGAGAGAGAGUGACGGGACUGAGCUACAGAUGGCCAUGGAGCACAACAGCAGGCUGGACAAGGAAAUUCUGGCGCUGCGAGCACGGGUCCAAACGCUUGAUUUGGAAAGAAAAGCAUUCCUUGAUUUGGUUGAACAGCUCAAAGAGGAGAUCUGUGAGUAUCAGAAAAGCGAGAAGCAAGGACUUCUGUUGCCCAUGCCCACCGAGACUGAAGAAGUCGCAGUGUGCUUGCUGCAGACACAGGGCACAAAGGAUGAAGGGAGGAUUGAAGGAGACCAUGUUUCAGGCAAAGCUGUCUCGGAUCAGGAAGAAAGAUAUCAGGGUAGUGAAACACUUCAUAAAAGGUGCCGAGAGGCAAUUGAAAACAUCGAGGGCAGGAAUUCACAGCUCCUUCACAAGCUGCAAAAACUGGAGCAGGAGCACGAGUAUUUGGUUGAGCGUAAUGAAGAGCUGGAAUCGAUUCUGGGAGAGACGCAGAUCCAAACCAAGCAGGAGAAAGAGCAGUUCGAGAGUGAGGUGGAAGGACUUCACCGGAAAAUCACAAGUUUAGAAACAGAGUUACUUGAAGUGCAGAAGAGCAAAACUGAGAUGAGUGGGGAAGAGCAGGCAUCGUCUGGAGCACAAGAGAUGCAAGAGAUGCUGGAAAGCUGUCAGGAAACGAUAGAAAAGUUGGGAAGUCAACUGGGAGAGCGGAGAGAGCGCAGAAAGCAACUUGCAUCAGAGCUUGAACUGUUACGAGAAGAUCUGAAGGCUGAGCAGAAGGUACUGGGCAGCCAGGUCUCUGAGCUCCUAGAAGAAAGAGAAAAGAUUAACAAACUUGAGCAGAAACUUGAAGAUCUAUGUACAGAUGAACAGACAUAUGAAGAACAGAUGGCUAAAGUAGUAUUUUUGGAAGAACAGAUCAAAAACUUGAGGGAUGAACAAGAACUGCUCUGUUCUGAAUUACUAGAAAGCAACAAGAAGAGGGAGGAGCUAGAAAAGCAGCUAAAAGACAGCAAUGAAGAAAAACGGUUGUUACUGGAAGAAAUUGCCCAGCUGAAACAAGAUAUCCUGACUACCCGGGAGCAGGACGGCAGCAUGCUUGAAGAAACUUUGAGGAUGAAUCAAGGCAUGAGUCUGUCUGAUGAGAGAUUCCAGCAGCAGGAGGAAAAAUUGCAGCAACUGCGGCAGGACUUGCGUCGCGUUCAGAACUUGUGCAGCUCAGCCGAGAGGGAGCUUAGAUACGAAAGGGAGAAGAACGUUGACUUACAAAAGCAAAAUCUCUUGCUCCAACAGGAAUGCACCAAGGUCAAAGCUGAGCUGAAGCAAGCCCGGGCAAAACUCUCGGACACAACUGAAACAUGCUCCUCUCUCUCAGCACAGUGGGAAAAAAGCCAGCAGAAGGUCAAAGAACUUGAACAAGAGCUCUUGAAGUGCUCCCAGGCUGAUAAACUGCAGAGCAGUCUGCAAGAGAAACUUGCGCAGGAGAAAUCUAAAGUAUGCGAAGCACAAAAAAAGAUUUCAAAACUCCAGCAAAAGCUAAAAGAUUCACAACACCAACUCCUGCUGGCAGAGGCCCGUGUUUCAGACAAGAAACUACUAGAGGAGGAAUUAAAGGAGGCCCGAGAAAAUGAAGCUCGUGUGCAGCAAGAACUUCACGAGGAGCAGCUGAAAAGGAAGCUCCUGGAGCAGCAGGUGGAGGAACUGCGGCAGCAGCUCCGGCAUUCGCGGGAGACGGAGGCGUCGCUGGCCAAGAUGCACGUGGAGCUGCAGGCCAAGACUCUGCACGUCCUAGAAGAUGAGAGGAAAACUGACUCGAGUGAGCACCUCCAGUGUCAGAAGGAGAACCAGAAGCUUUCAGAGCAACUUUCACUGCUGAAGGAGGAAAACAAAGCCCUUUAUGAGGAAGGAGUCCGUCUCUUGAACCAGAAGGACCUGUAUGUCAGGAAAUACAACGAAAUGCAGCUCCGCCACAAAGACAAGAUGCGCAGGGCCAAGGAGACUUUUAUCCAUGAGGUGAAACAAAGGGACGGCAGAAUCAAACAGCUUGAAAAUGAGCUCAGUGAGUCAAAGCUCCAAGUGGAAAAGGGGAAGGCACUGAUUGCACAGAUCACUGCUGAGAAUGAGAAAUUACUCCAGGAAAGACGACGGCUCCUCCAGAAGAUAACUGACCAAGAGGAGACCCCUUGGAGCACCCGGUCUACGAUUGCCACCCUGCAGAGCAGUUUGAUGCCAGUGCCAGCAACAGAUGCGCAGAGCCGGGAGAAGGAUCGCAGGUCAGCAGGAGAGCACCUGAAGUGCGGCACAAAGGAAUUCCAGCCACUCCAGCCAGACUCGAAGAGUGUUAACCUCUCUGAACGCCAGAGUAAGGUGUUGCCAUCUCCCCGUACCAGUUUCCCAUCGCGAGAACCGCCAGACUCUCUCGGCAUCCUGAAAGCCACGCAAGACACGAAGCCUGAAGGAGAAGCCGAAAGCCAAGACUCAUCCUUUUGCUUAUCCCCCUCUCAACCUUCUGAGAUUGGGUACCUAAAUGUAGCUUCACCUGGAGACACCACAGCCUCCCAGCUGCAAGAGGAGAGUCAGAGCAUCAGCUCCGAGAACUUCUAAACGGGGAAAUAUGUUUGUAAAAUAUUAGCUGGACUGCAAGGUUUUGGGCUCCUGUUGCCAUGGGAUGACAAGGACUGCAGGGCAGGAAUUGCCAAAUGGACUGACCUGGUGAUUUCUGUGAUGUAUUUCAAUGAAAUUAUUCAACAGCUUUUUUUUAACUUCCCUAACUGCAACUGUCUGUGUGUGUCAUCUCAGAUCCACCUGGAGGCUGGAAUUUGUAGAUAAAUUCAGCGAAGCGGAGGAGGGCUAGGGUGAAGCUUAUCUCCCCCUGAACCCGAACUCCUUGUCCAGUCAAAAACUACAAGCUUUGUGAAUAAACUCAGAAAAGUUCCCUUCU